UAUAUAUAUUCUCAGCAAUUCAAAACCACCUCGUUUUAUCCUUCUCUUCUCUUUCUUUUGUUUUCUCUCUCCUUUUUCUUUUUGCCCAACUAUAGGGUUGGGUUGUUCAUCAAGGUUUUAACUUUUAAGUGAUCUUUUUUUAUUGGAAUGCAAAAAUUGGCUCUAAUCUUUAUCUGGGUUGAGUUGAUUUUGUUGCUAAGCUUUGUCUUUUUGGCUCUCUUUUGGGGAUUUUCUUGUGAGAAACAGCCAUGUCUGCUCUUGUCAAUUACAGAGGUGAUGGUGAUAUGUAUCCUGGGCCUUCAUUUUAUUCCGGAGAUUUUGGCCUCUUACUCUCCAUCGACUCCCACGUGGAGAUCUAUUGCCCGCCUAGGAAGCGCUCGCGGAUCAGUGGCCCUUGUGUCGUUAGUGGGAACAUCUUCGAGGACAAGAGACCAUCUAUUGAUGUCCUCCCAGAUGAAUGCCUGUUCGAGAUCUUCAGGCGCUUGCCUGGUGGUCGAGAGAGGAGCUCCACUGCAUGUGUUUCAAAGCGGUGGCUCGCAAUCUUGAGCAGUGUCCGCAGUUCUGAGUUUUACAACAAGAAACACGUCUCUGCGGAUGACGAUAUGGAAGUGGAAUGCGAUGGAUUCCUCACUAGGUGCGUGGAAGGAAAGAAGGCAACAGAUGUGAGGCUUUCCGCCAUUGCAGUUGGAACAUCUAGCCGUGGAGGGCUUGGGAAGCUUUCUAUCCGGGGAAGCAACUCUAUAAGGGGUGUUUCUAACUCUGGUUUGUCAGCAAUAGCUCGUGGUUGCCCUUCCCUCAAGGCUCUCUCUUUGUGGAACGUGCCCUCCAUCGGUGAUGAAGGGCUAUUUGAGAUUGCUAGAGAGUGCCAUUCGUUGGAGAAGCUAGACCUUUGCCAAUGUCCUUCAAUCUCAAACAAGGGUUUGGCCGCUGUUGCAAAGAGCUGUCCGAGUUUGACUGCAGUGACUAUUGAAUCGUGUUCGAACAUUGGCAAUGAUGGCCUGCAAGCACUUGCCAAAUGCUGUUCGAAGUUGCAGUCAAUCACCAUCAAAGAUUGUGCGCGUGUUGGGGAUCAGGGUAUCGCCAGCCUCUUGGCAUCGGCUUCUGCCUUGACGAAGGUGAAACUUCAGUCACUCAACAUCACAGAUUACUCGGUUGCUGUGAUAGGACACUGCGGAAAAGCAAUUACGAAUCUUGUCCUAUGCGGGCUUCAAAACGUGAGCCAGAAGGGCUUCUGGGUGAUGGGCAACGCACGAGGUCUUCAGUCACUGUUGUCUUUUACCGUUAGCUCAUGCAGGGGAAUAACUGACUUGAGCAUCGAAGCAGUGGGGAAAGGCUGCCCGAACUUGAAACACAUGUGUGUCCGCAAGUGUUGCUUUGUGUCCGACAACGGGCUUGUGGCUUUUGCCAAGUCGACUAGCUCUCUAGAAAGCUUGCAGUUGGAGGAGUGCAAUAGGAUUACGCAAGUAGGGAUCUUGACUGCUCUUUCCAGCAUCAGUUCUAAACUGAAGUCUGUUUCUUUGGUUAAGUGCUUGGGAAUCAAGGAUCUAUCAACUGAGUUUUCGACGCUCUCCCCAUGUGAGUCUCUUCGUUCUUUGUCGAUACGAAGUUGUCCCGGAUUCGGAAGUACUAGUUUGGCUAUGGUUGGGAAGUUAUGCCCCCAUCUGCAUAACUUGGAUCUGAGUGGACUUUGCGGGAUCACGGACGCCGGGCUUCUCCCGCUCCUUGAGUGUUGCGAGGGAGGGCUCGCCAAGGUUAAUCUUAGCGAGUGCUCGAAUUUGAGUGACGAAGUGGUCUUGGCUUUGGCUAGGUUGCACGGUGCGACACUUGAAUUGGUGAAUCUCGAUGGGUGCCAGAAGAUAACCGAUGCAACCCUAGUGGCGCUGGCUGAUAGCUGCCCGUUGCUCAACGAUCUCGACGUGUCCAAGUGCUUGGUAACGGAUGCUGGUGUCACUGCUUUGUCGCAUGGGGUGCAAUUCAAUCUGCAAGUUCUCUCCUUGUCGGGGUGCUCGAUGGUGUCGAACAAGAGCGUCCCCGCUCUGGAGAGAAUGGGGGGGAUGCUUGUGGGCUUGAAUCUCCAACACUGCAAUUCCAUCAGCAACCACCAGGUGGAGAUGCUCACUGGGAAGCUGUGGAGAUGCGAUAUACUAUCGUAAGUGUGAUCGAGCAAGUUAGCAUCACCCGAACAUCAGUGGUUUUUUAGCGAGCGCGGGCGUGGUUGGGUUGUUUUCCAUGGAGACCAAGGCGAAUCAGUUUUUUUCCUAUUUUUGCAGGCUUCUUUGUAUUUAACAAGCCUGUUGAAGCACUCCUUUUUAGGACUCUCUUAUGGGAGAGUCUGCCUCUUUUGACUGCCUUUGGUUUCUAGAGAAUACAGUCCGACCACUCCGUGCUCGUUGAUCUUGAUGUCGUGUUAUGGUGCUGCUCCUAAGCUCCCACCAGUGCUCCGUCCGGUCCAUGCAGUGUCAAUAAAGCAUUUGCUUGUUUCGUUUUCAUUUCCAUGUCUCGUCUGGUCGUCUUCGCAGUCGUGUCUUGAUAAAACUGUUGCUAGCUAGUAUGGUUUCUUAGUGUGUGUUUGUUUGUUUGUUAAGCUUGAGUUGCGUAUGGAUGGUAGUCAAUGAGAGUGAGGUGUUAGGGAGGACAUGACCAUGGCAGCCUGUUGCUGCCAUUACAGCCUUUCUAGGCUGUUUUUGUUGUGUCUUCUUUUUUUGAUAGGAUUGAAAAAUCCUAUUUCUGCACCUUACCUCACUCACUACCUCCCUUUUAUGUUCAAUAAGGAAAUGAAAUUGUGUUUUGUGUCUUACUA